GUCCGGCCAUGCCAGCUGUCUAGCUUAGCUACGUCAGCUAGCCAGCCAGCCAGCAGCUGUUCGUUCUCCUCGACAAGCUCCGGCUGCAGGCAGCUCCAACACACCCCCAAUGCCCCCCCCCCGACCCGACGUGUCCGUCCCACAGCUCCGCUAACCAGCCGUUGCCCCCCCUACGUGCAGGCACAAAAUAUUCCAGCCCGCCGCCAGACCUAAAACCCCCUUCUCUCGUCCACCAACCGACCGGCGACACAGCCAGCUCCUAUUCGCAAACCCCCCAAAAAAUCCUGCAAACCCAACGCCCGCCCUCCUUGCACCGGAAAAGAAUCAACCGUCGCAAUGGCUGACACUGCUGACGCGCCUGCGGCCGUCAACGGCGGCUCUCUGCUCGACAACACCAAGACCAGCGCCGCCGCUGCCUUCGACUCCGUGACCAACGGCCCCGUUGCACAGAACGUCAAGGACCACUCUGCAAAGGCCUCGGCCGAGCUCUCCAACCUGGCCGCUUCCCGCAAGACGCCUGACAACCCGGCUGCCACCGGCCAGCCUCUGACACACUACCACUCCUUUUUCUCGGAGCUUCUGUCGUGGAAGAACCCUCGUGCCUCUGCCAUUGCCUACGCCUCCAUCGUCUCCCUCAUUUUCGCCGCCCGAUACCUCGAUGUCAUCCGCUGGGCUUUCAAGCUGUCGUGGAUGGCUCUCGCCGUCACCGUCAGCGCCGAGGCUGCCGGUAAGCUCGUCCUCAGCCACGGACUGGCCACGCAGAUGCGUCCCCGCCGCUACUACACCGUUUCGCGAGCGACUCUCGACAGCAUGAUUGGCGACGUCCACGAGCUCGUCAACUUUUUCGUCAUCGAGGCCCAGCGUAUCCUCUUCGCUGAGAACCUCGGUGCUUCUGCUGCUGCUUGCGUCGCGGCCUUCAUCUCCUACUACCUGGUUAAGCUUGUGCCGUACUGGGGCCUGGCUGUCAUUGGCACCACCGUCGCCUUCUUUGUUCCCCUCAUCUACACGACCAACCAGGAGCUCAUCGACCACCACCUCAAGAACGCCUCGGAUGCGAUCGGCGCCCAGACGGCUCAGGUCCGCACUGUUGCUCAGAAGCAGGCCGACCACCUCGCCGCCGUGGGCAAGCAGUAUGCGGGUGACUACACCGGCAAGGUCCAGGAGAUGCUGCGUGGCCGUAGUGCCUCGCCCUCUGCCUCUGUCAAGCCCGCCCCCGUGCCCGUCGCCAAGCAGCCCGUCUUCCCCGUCCCGCCGACCGAGGAGCCCCAGAAGCAGAAGGUUGCAGAGCCCGAGCCGGUGCCCGCGCCCGUGUCGGAGCCGCUCGGCGAGGUUCCCGCGGACCCUGUUGCUGCUGAGCAGGAACCUCUGGUGGCGACUUAGGUGGCUCACCACAACAAGUUCCACGAGCACACGAAGUGAGGCAAAGGCAUAGCUAGGCUAGGCGACGAACCUGUAACCGUCCUUUUACGAGGCAUAUGUUCUUUCCCCGACAUUGGCAUCGGUAGCGGGGUUGGCAAAGCCGGCGUUUGUGAUGCGCCCCCGGCUGCUGCAUUUCCUCGCGACCCUUUCGGCUUGCCCUGAGGUCAGUCGAGACGGACGAAAAACAACUUUGGAGAAGCGCUUGCGUUUGGGCACCCCGCGGCACGACGCGCGCGCGAGGUAUCGAGUAACCGGUCAGGCUUGAGAUUGUAGGACAUGGUUUUCACGGUGGCCUGCUAGCGAUCCCGACAUGAGUUAAAACUUUAUUAAUGGACACGGUAAUGAGU